AUGGGGUAUUACACAAGACCACCCAAUAAAAAUGUUGUCAUCCCUAAAUGGGUUUUUUGCAUUAAAUAUUUAUCAAAUGGCACUGUGGACCGUCUCAAGGCUCGUCUAGUUGCAAAGGGGUAUACUCAACAAUCGGGUCUUGAUUUUCAUGACACUUUUAGUCCUGUUGUGAAGGCUUCUACUGUUCAGGUUAUCCUCUCUCUGGUCGUUUCUAACAAUUGGCCUCCUCGUCAACUCGACGUGAAAAACGCCUUUCUCAAUGUUUUUUUGCAGGAAAAAGUCUAUAUGGACCAACCACCUGGCUAUGUUGAUUCCAAACAUCCUACACAUGUUUGUCGACUUUGUCGGGCUUUCUAUGGACUCAAGCAAGCCCCACGUGCUUGGUUUCAUCGAUUCAGCUCCUUUCUCUUGGUCAUGGGUUUCACUUGUAGUUGUGCUGACUCCUUAUUAUUUGUUCUCUCCAGAGAUGCUGAUUUGAUUUAUUUAUUACUCUACGUUGAUGAUAUUGUGGUCACUAGCAACAACUCGUCUCUUCUUGCUAGUUUAAUUGGAAAAUUGACUCGUGAAUAUGCUACCAAGGAUCUCAGGUCCUUGAACUAUUUUCUGGGUUUGGAAGCCCAUCGGACCUCUGCUGGUCUUUUUCUUAGUCAAGCUGAGUAUGCUCAUGAAUUAUUGCAGCGUGCCCAACUCCUCGAUUCCAAACCAGUUAGCACUUCAAUGGUGGUCGCUCAACAUCUAUCGGUUGCUGGUCCCGACUUUGAUGAUCCUUCUCUCUACCGAUCGCUUGUUAGAGCUCUUCAAUAUCUCGCUAUCACUCGACCCAACAUCGCCCAUGCUGUUACUGCUAUCGGUCAAUAUAUGCAUAAGCCACAUGUCUCUCAUUUUCAAGCCCUUAAGCGAAUUUUUCACUAUGUUAAAGGAACUCUUCAGUUUGGACUGGUUUUCACUCCAUUUACUUCUCGAGAGAUCCUUGCUUACUCUAACGCCGAUUGGGCUGGGGGUCCUGACACACGUCGAUCAAUCUCUGGUUAUGCAAUUUACCUUGGUGAUAAUCUGCUGUCUUGGAGCUCUAAAAAGCAACCGACAGUGUCUUGCUCCAGUUGUGAAACAGAAUAUCGGGCAUUGGCUCUUACCGCUGCUGAAGUUAAAUGGCUCAUUCAUCUCCUUCAUGAUCUUCAUGUCUACCUCAUCUCCAAUACUGUUUUGUGA